AUGUACGGACUGCUGUGCGAGAGUCUGCACGACUUCAUUAAGGAGUCGUACGGGGACGACGUGUGGAAGCUGGUUAGGGAGAGGGCAGAUGUUCGGCUGCACUCCUUUGUCACUCAUCAGGUGUACAGUGAAAGUGUGAUUCCUCGAAUUGCAAAGGCAGCCAGCGGGGUGACAGGAACACCUUACAAUGAGCUGAUGAACUCCUGGGGUGUGUACUUCCUAGGCUUUGUGGGGAAGUAUGGCUAUGACAGGAUACUUAAGGUGCUGGGCCGCCAUGUCCGUGACUUUGUCAAUGGCCUCGACAACCUUCAUGAGUAUCUUCGUUUCAGCUACCCCAAGGUGCAGCCCCCAACCUUCUUCUGCCAGGAGGAAUCUGCCACUGGAGUCACCCUCCACUACAGGAGUAAACGCAAAGGCUACCUUCACUAUGCCAUGGGCCAGCUGAGGCAGAUGGGGAAGCAGUUCUAUGACACUGACAUUCAUGUGGAGGUCUUGUCUGAGCAGAUGGUGGGAGACUACUCCCAUGUCACGAUGAGGCUGAACUUUGACAACUCUGCAUACCGCUACAUCAUGAAGGAAGAUGAGGAAGAGCAGGAGAUUUUGCCAAUUACCUCUGAUUUCUUCUUUGAGGUCUUUCCCUUCAACAUUGUUUUCAGACAGGACAUGGUGGUUCACAAUGUUGGCUCAGGACUGGCUACAGUCUUCCCAGAUUUGGAUGGAAAGAAAAUCAACGACGCCUUCUUGCUGGCUCGUCCCCUAGUGGAGUUCACAUGGAACAUGAUCAUCUCCCACCCCAACAACUUGUUUGAGAUUAUGUCCAAGGAACCGGUGAAAAGAGAGCGGAAUCUCCACAACCGAGUCCAGAGUAAGACUGGAAGCCAUGUAAACAGUCGCAGGGAUUCCGACUAUGAAAAUGCCAAUCGGUCUGCUGAUGUGGAUGUGGAGCUCAUGGCUUUUCAGUCGAUUAUUGGAGACGAUUACAAAGAUGGUAACAGCGCUAAUGCCAUGGAGAGCUGGGGUGACGGGAGCCGGUGCCUCAAACUGAAGGGACAGAUGAGAUACAUGCCUGAAUGGGAGUCUAUCAUCUUCCUUGGAACACCUGUGAUGGAGAGCCUGAGUGCUAUGUUUAAAACUGGACUGUACAUCAAUGACCUGAGCAUGCAUGAUUCCAGUAGAGAUUUGGUGCUGGCAGGCACACAGCAAUCAGAGGAGCUAAAGAGAGCACUCAUACAGGAGCAAAAGAAGUCCAGCAAGCUAGAAGAGAGCAUGAAGAUGCUUGAUUAUGAAAUGAAGAAGACAGAUGACCUCCUUUACAGAAUGAUUCCUAAGCCAGUGGCAAAGAGGCUGCGCAAAGGAGAGCCAGCUGUAAACACUUGUGAGGUGUUUCCAGAUGUGACCAUCCUUUUCAGUGACGUGGUGGGAUUCACUCGCAUUUGCAGCCACAUCACUCCGAUGCAGGUGGUGUCCAUGCUCAACACCAUGUACACGUUGUUUGACACACUGAGUGAGAAGCACAGAGUCUUCAAGGUUGAAACUAUUGGAGAUGCCUACAUGGUGGUGGCAGGGGCUCCAGAGAAGACCAAGUAUCAUGCCCAUAACAUUUGCGACAUGGCCUUGGACAUGGUGCGCUCCAUCGACCACUUGAAAGACCCCUCAAAUGGAAACAACAUACAGAUUCGUGUUGGCAUCCACUCUGGGAUGGUGGUAGCUGGUGUGGUAGGACACAAAAUGCCCCGAUACGGUCUGCAUGGUGACACGGUCCACACAGCAUCUGCUAUGGAAAGCAACGGAAAGGAAAUGCAUAUUCAGCUCAGCAGCGCCACCUACGAGCACCUGAAAGGAAGCCACUUUAUUUUUGAGAGGAGGGGCACCAUUACCAUCAAGGGCAAUGUCGAGAUUGAGACCUACUGGCUGAAAGGAAAGCGGGACAAAGACGGAAAUGCUCAAGCGGCCUGUCCUCAAUUUGAGACACAAACCAUCAGUGAGGCCAUAAGCAAGGCCACCAUUACUGAAGUCACAGGGGAAGAAGAAGGACUGAUUUUCCCACUGGUGGCGGGCGAGGAAGAGGAUGACGUCAAGUCUAUUCACUCUCAUCGCAUCAAAAUGGAGAUUUCAGGCCAUUCUCUGGAGGAGUCCAUUGAGGAGUGUCGGGUGGAGGAGAUGUCGGUUCAUAAGUCCCAUUACAAAGACGCUUUACACGACUGCUUGGAGGACGCCCACCUUGAGCUGGGGUCACCAGAGUCUGAUGGCAGAGAUUCCAUCACGGACUCACGUGACAGCUCCUGUGACUCUCGCUGCUCCAAGAGUGCCAUGUGCUCUGUGUCCUGA